AUGAUUGCCCAUGAAGUUCUAGCUUGCCUUGAGCUAGCGAUUUAUGUUGGCCUUGUACUUCCAACAACCUUCUGCACAUUUCAUUACAUUUUCAAAGGACAAUUUGGAUGGCUUUAUCUCCAUGCCUUUGUGAUCGCAAAAAUCGCGGGCCCGGCCAUUUUCAUCAGCAUAACUGAACACUCUUCAUCAUCUUCCGGGCUUCAAAUUGCGGCCCAGAUCUUAUACCAAAUCGCCCUUGGUCCUCUUAUGUCCGCAACACUAUCAUUUGUCAACAUAUCCUCCAAGCCGGACGAAGACAAGUAUGAGCACUCUUAUUCUCCACUUGCUCCGCUCACGCAAGGAGGUGGAACAUCCAUGAUUCUUCGUCUUGUGCAUCCCGUCAUUAUCUGUGGCCUGGUCCUCGGCAUCAUCGGUGGAAUCGACCGUAUGCCAGACAGCUCCACGGGCAUGAUCAACGCGGACAAGUAUGACCGUGGCGCGACUUUCAUGAAGGCCUCAGGCGCCUUGUUCCUGGUCGCAUUUGCCGCUAUCUGCUUUGGUGUGGUCAGAUUGUGGAAGCACCGGAAAUCACUCGCGGUUGUGUCCUACUACAUUUUGACCAGUAUGGUUGUUGUCCUGCCUCUGCUCUUCCUUCGAAUUCUGUAUUCUGUGUUGAAUUCAGCCAAUCUGGACACCACGGGUCAUACGGGUCAUACUACCAAGUAUAACAUCAUGAGCGGCAGUUGGGCGAUUUACCUUAUUCUCGGUCUGAUUCCUCAGGCUACGAUUAUCACCAUCUAUAUUGGCAGCGGAGUCUUCGCGUGGAUGAAAGUUCGCCGAGGAACUGGAUAUUGA